AUGCCACCUCGCUGCUUCAUAAUCCGCCACGGCGAAACAGAAUGGUCCCUAAACGGCCGACACACAGGAGAAACAGAUCUCCCGCUAACAGCGAAUGGCGAGAAACGUAUCCGAGCAACCGGCAAAGCCCUAGUCGGCGACGACAGACUAGUCGUCCCGAAGAAGCUAGCACAUGUCUUCGUCUCACCCCGCACCCGCGCACAACGAACCCUCGAACUCCUCGAGAUCGGCUGUCGCGAACGGCUCCCCUGGAAUGAGCAGCGCAAGCCUGAAGAGGAAGAGGCUAUUCGGACCGAAGCGCGCGUUGAGAUUACGGAUGCUGUGCGCGAGUGGGAUUACGGGGAUUAUGAGGGGUUGACUAGUAAGCAGAUUCAGGAGAUUCGGGCUGAGAAGGGGGAGGGGCCUUGGAAUAUUUGGACGGAUGGGUGUCCUGGUGGAGAGUCCCCCGAAGAUGUCAUCCGGCGUCUUGAUGCUCUGAUCGCCGAGAUCAGAGAGAAAUACCAGCGGCCCUGCUUUGAGAAUCCCGAUGAUACAAAGGGUGAUGUGCUCGUCGUUGCGCAUGGACAUAUCCUGCGCGCAUUUGCCAUGCGCUGGACUGGGAAGCCUUUGACGGAGACGUCGCUGAUUCUGGAGGCUGGUGGUAUUGGUACGCUCAGUUACGAGCACCACAAUAUCGAUGAACCGGCGAUUAUCCUCGGUGGACAGUUCGUUGUUGAGUGA